ACUCCAUCACGGAAAGAUCAACUCUCGGAAAAUGAUGAAACCAAUUUGCAGUUAUAUGCAUGCCAACUAAUUCAAGAUGCCGGAAUAUUGUUGGAAUUACCUCAAACAACCAUUUCUCAUGCACAAAUAAUUUUUCAUCGAUUUUAUAUGAAAAAGUCAAUGAAGGAAUUUUGUGUGAGACAUGUUGCUAUGGCUAGUCUUUUUAUUAGUUGUAAAAUUCAAGAAACACACCGAUCAAUUUUUCACUUUUUACAAGUUUUUAUCGAUAUUAUCUAUCCGGAAUUGUAUUACAUUUCACCAGAUAUUGUGGAACUUUUAAAAUCACAUUUAAUAAGAACGGAGAGAUACAUUCUCAUUGAAUUAGGAUUUACAUUCUAUAAUAUUGAAUUGCCUCAUCAAUACAUUUUGUUUGUCAUGCACAUCCUUGAAGGACAUGAGGAUUUAACACAAACUGCUUGGAAUUAUUGUAAUGAUGCUUUGAGAUGUUCUGUUUUAAGUCUGAGUGCAAAACCUCAAGUGAUUGCUUGUGGAGCUGUUUACAUGUCAGCAAAGGAACAUUCCCGAGUCUUACCUGAGAAUCCUGCUUGGUGGCUCUUAUUCAAUACAACAAGAGAUGAAUUGGAAUUUGUUGAAAAACACAUUAAGGAAAUGUACAAACGACCAAAGGCAGUUUAUCUCAAUGUUCUCAAUGAU